UUCAGAAUAUCAGUAGCGUUUUUUCAACAAAAUGAAAAAGUUUUACAGUACUCUACCCUACGUUGUUUUCAUUUUGUGCUCAACUUUAACUAUAAAAGGAGCGGCAAAUUUUCAAAAACGAGCUAAUGGGCCAAGAAUAAUUGGAGGUGAUUUCGCUAAUGCGGCGCAAUUCCCUUUUGCUGCAGCCAUUUACGUCCAUACCAACGACAGCCAAUUUUUUUGUGGUGGAACUUUAACAGCUAACCAGUGGGUCCUCACGGCUGGGCACUGUGUCUACAACGCCAUUCUUUUCACAAUUCAACUGGGAUCGAACGAUUUAGUAUCAGAUGACUCCAACCGUGUGACUGUUUCGAGUUCUACGUAUGUUCUACAUCCAGAUUUUAACCCAGAAACUAUUGAAAAUGAUAUUGGUUUGAUUAAACUAAGAAUGGAGGUUGAGUACAGUAUUUAUUUACAACCAAUUCAUCCAUUAGAAUCGGAGUUAUGGCAAGAUGCACAUGUGUAUAUUCCAGGUUGGGGACAAACCAGCGACUUUGAUUCUGCACUUACUAACGAACUAAGGUAUGUAUAUAUUACGACUAUUACGAACGAGGAAUGUCAAAUAACUUAUGGAAAUCAAAUUACUGAUAAUAUGAUUUGCGCUAUCGGAAAUUAUAACGAAGGGACAUGUAAUGGAGACAACGGUGGGGCAUUAGCUGUACAAAAUGGGAGAACAUAUGCUGUUGUAGGUGUUGCAAGUUUUGUUAGUUCCGAUGGUUGUGAAAGCACUCAUCCUUCUGGCUUUACUAGAACGGCACCUUAUUAUCAAUGGAUUACAAAUAUCACCAGCCAAAUUGAUUAAAUAGUUGGAUUCUUGUCACAACAUUGUAUAAUAAAAACUUUAGACAUUCA